AUGAAGAUAACUAAUAUUGACCAAUCCCACAAUUCCAGUAAUGAAUACGAAUUGGGCAAUAAACACGGACUAGUACUCCUUGAAAUACCACGCAGAAUUGAGAGCAGGUGUCCAGGAAGAGUUCGGCUCAACGCUGAAACUCUCACGUCAAACAUAGCAACACGGCCAUCUUUAUUUUAUUUACAUCAUGGCGGAUAUUGAAUGACAACAAAAGCAGCCAUGCCAUCAGUGGUAGAAGUAAGUCAGCCAGUGGCUGUUCCAACAUCCAUACAACCUGUAAAACAAUAUUUGCCUCAAGUGACACAAUUAUCAACUGCAGAAAAGACAAAUUAUCAUGGCAUUGAAGUGAUAAAUGAAAUUGUCUGGCAAGGAUGGGAACCAGGAAGAGAAUACACCAAGAAUAUUGUCUUAAAGAACGUGAAUGUUAAGACACAGAAAAUAAAGUACAAAGUACCAAAUACUAGGUUUUUCACAACAUUGUAUCCAAAACCUCUUGUGCUUAGUGCAGGAACCAGUUUCUCACUUCCUGUUACAUUCAGGCCAUUGGAAAAAGUGGUUUAUAAUGAUAAAAUAGAAUUUCACUUAAAAGAUGGAUCUUUUGAAGUUCCAAUCAGAGCAGUGCUGCCACAGGUUGAUAUCUCAGUUCCAGAUUUCUUGGAUUUUAACAUGUGUGCUGCCAAAGAUGUGGUUCAUACAACAUUUGAAGUCAGGAAUACAGGGGACUUGGAAACAAAGAUUGAAUGGGAAAUUAAAUCACCAUUUACAAUAGAACCAAGUGCUGCAAUCCUAAAAUCUGGUUCUGUCAGGCAGUUCAAGGCAACAUUUACUCCAAUUACAGCCUGUGUUUAUCAAGGAGAGGCAGUAUGUAAAUAUGGACCAGAGCUCGCACAUGGAAAAGUAACAAAACUGGAAGGAAUAGGAAAAUAUCCCCACAUUUUGGUCUCAUCCCUUGGAAGGCCUUCUAGCAGUCUGAACUCUACAAACCAAGAAGAGGAGAUCAAGUUUUCCUCAACUCCUGUUGGAUCAACUGUACAGAAAUGGGUGGAACUCCAUAAUUUAGCCCCUGUUCGUGCUCCAUACAAGGUACAACACCCCUCCAAGAUGAGUCGUAUUGACACUGUAUUUGCUUGUCCACAAGAUGAAGGAAUCGUUCCACCAAUGAGCUCAGUCCGCAUUCCAGUAACAUAUAGUCCAAACACAGUAGACACCACAUCCAUGGACUACUUCAAUGUUGUUACUAUUGGAAAUAUCAGCAAAGCUGUCAUUAAAUGUGUUGGAUCUUCUAAAGGUCCUACAGUUCAUCUUGGAGCAAAGAAUGUCAAUUUCAUGCAGAUAGAUCUGGGUGCCAUGGCUACUAGGACAGUAGAUAUCAUCAAUAAUUCAGAUAUAGAGGCCACAUUUCAGUUUAUGCUGGACUGUAAUGAAAGUGUGUUUAAGCUUGAGAAGACAUCAGGAGUGAUACGACCCAACACAACAAUAACAAUUGUGAUGAAGUUUGUCCCUCAGCAUCCCAUCAACUACUACAGGAGGGUCACAUGCAUGAUUCACAACCAGGGUCCUUUGUUUUUGGACCUUCUUGGAACAUGUCAUGCAGAGCUUGUCAAACCUGCAGUUUUGUUGUCCAGGCAUUUAGAUAACUACAAAUGUCAUGUAGAGAGAGGACUAUCUCUCUAUCCACCAGAGCAACUAAAUGAGAGCUUAAAAACAGGAAAACUUGAAUUAGAUGAUGCUGGCUGUCUUAUGAUUCCCGAGGUGAAUUUCAUCCAAAUUGUCUUACCAGAUGAUGAUGCUGGCAGCAUGAAAUCUGAGACAGGAACAGAAUCCACACUUUCUGUUGUUCCUCCAAUGGAUGACUACUUCAACGAUGGCUUCCACUGUGAUAUCAAUAGUUCUGUUCCACAUGUCAGCAUAGAUACAAACAAUGCAGAUUUUGGACAGUGUUCCAAUAUGAGAGUCAUAGAAGACAAGAUAAUCAAUGUGACAAAUCACACCUAUGGCAAGGUGACCAUUCAGUGGAACUGUGGGAAUGAUAAGACAUUUUCUAUCAUGCCAGCAACUAUGGACAUCCCUCCAUUAAAGUCGUGUGCUUUCCAAGUCACCUUCAAACCUACUGUCCCUAACCAGUUUUAUGGAGCAGAACUGGAAUGUUUUGCUUACUACAAGAGUUUAAGAGAUUAUCGUCUGGUGGAAGACAACACUCACUGCCCUCCUUGGUGCCUCACUCUCACCUGUACAGGUCAGACAUUCCAGCCCAACAAUGAAACAUUCCUGCCACGUUUGUCCUUCGACACGUUACGUCUUGUUUUCCCUGCGGUAAACGCCAAAGAGUCCACCUACAGAACUCUGUUGUUGACCAACAAUGGCACCACACCCAUACUGUUUGAUAUUCAGAAGGACCCGUCAAAUACGUACACUGUAAAACCAAGCAAAGCUUUGCUGAAAGGACAGCAGCAGAUCUUUGUGGUGAAGAUAACCCCCAGUGAAGUGAAGCACUAUAAACAUGACCUGACCUUCAGACUCAAUGAUGAGGAAAAGUACAACAAGUGUGUUGAGUUAUGGGGAUCAGCAGAAUCACCUGAAGUUGUACUGGAUACAGAAGGAGUCAUGUAUUUCAAACAGACCUGUAUUGGAACCUCCUCUACUAAAGACUACACCAUCAAAAAUGUAUCUAGAAUACCACUCAGAUUUGAAUGGAAAAUGGUGCACAAGGACAAGCAGCUGUUGUCAGUCACUCCAUCUUCAGGCAUUAUUCAGCCCAAUGAAUCACAGGCCCACACUUGGUCCUUUGUACCUGCAGCGGAGGAGAAGUAUGUUAUGAAGCCCUCGCUGAUAGUUUGGGGUCAGGGAUUCCACAGUUCCUCAUCAGGAGGCAAGAAAAAGCAGUUCACGGUCCGCGCCAUAGGAGAGGGGUCCAUUGGAGACAUCAAGGCUGAUAAUACAUACCUUGACUUUGGUGAUGUGGUUGUGGGUAGCUCCGCCUCUAAGAUGAUCAGCAUUGUCAAUAACAGUACCUGUAGUCUGCAUUACUGCCUGAUCGUCGACCAAACAAUGGAUGGGCCAUACCCAGAGGAAAUCACAAAGGAUGACAAACUUGCCUUGAUUCUGGACAGAACAGAGGGAGUUCUACCUGCCAGGUCUCGACAUAAGAUCAUGGCUACAGUCAAACCAAUCAGGAGAGUCAACUAUCAGUUUGCCAUCUCCUAUAAACUUGUCACCCCACAGGGUCAAAUGGUAGAUUCCAAGUUGCAGGAACCCCAGCAUUUGUGUCACAUAUUGACUACAGGCGUGUUCCCAGUCAUGGCUGUCACGGAUGCUCGAUGUUACGGCAGUGCGGUGGGCAUCAGUAAAAAACAACUCUGGUCGCUCUUCUCACUGGACAAUUUGAACUUGUGCCUGGAUUCAGACCCUUCUGCAGAGGAACUUAGGUACAGUGUUGCCACAAGACACAGCCAUGCUCGAAGACCUCCUGUGUACACCAGAGCCAUUAUGGACUUCAACUUCAGUGCUGCUCCACUGGAUAGUGAGCCAUGUGUUGUAAACUUGAUGUUUGAAAACACUGGAACAGUGGCCACUGAAUGGUCCUUCCUGUUUCCAUGUGACCUUCAACUUGAGCUGGAAUACUGGGCUGAAACAGGGGAGUUUGAUGAGGAUGAACUACAUGAGAUGAAGGUAAUGGACAACAAGUUGUUUGCCAUUGAGCCUCAGCAAGGUAAACUGGAACCUGGCGAAUGUAAGACAGUGACUUUCACCUACCGACACACCAUGGCAGGGACAGACAGACUUCCUGUUCUUCUCAAACUGGCCAGGGGCAGAGAAAUCCUGCUGAAUUUCAUUGGAGUUACUGUGGAACCUGAAAGGAAGUAUAUCCACUUUCCAUCCAACAAACACAUGUUCACACCUGUCGCAGUUGGUGAAAAAGUCAGUCCCAAACAAGUGUAUGAGUUAUAUAAUGGUGGAGCUACACCUGUUAGGUUCAACUUUGACCUUGCACCUUUAGAACUCCUACGUCAGGAGAACUUUGACCAGCCAAUCUUUGAGUGUCUAACACCCAUUGGAGAAAUUCCACCAGGAAGAUCUUACUCUGUUGAAUGGAGAUUCUCUCCGAUUGAGGCCAAGACAUACAUGAUUGAUGUUCCAAUCCAUGUUCACAAUGGAGACACGGCCAUUGUGACAUUUACUGGUGUAGGCUUUGACAGACGAGUAAUGGGGGAUACCAUGCCAGUCACAGACCAGCAGGAUAUGACAGGAGUCCCUGGGGUCCAGAGUGUUUCUGUACCAGGACAGCUAAUGUACCUAUCACAAGAGAGACUGUCCUUUGGAAAUCUGCCCCUAUUCAGUCGAGCCAGAAGAAUGGUGUUUGUUACAAACAAGGCUAAGGAUCGAGAUGUUUCAUUUGAGUGGCAUGUCACUUCACAAGCUGAUGCCCAGUACCUAUCAAUCUCCCCAGUAAGAGGCAGACUGUCCCCAGGGGAGAGCCGCAUGUGCCGUGUUGUUUUCAUCGCCUGUGGAGUCCCAUCCUUCUAUGAUUUGGAUCUGGUUUGUGAAGCUACUGAUGAACUAGAGAUGGACAAAUAUAAGAAGGAACUGGCUGCAUGGGAGAAAGAAAAAUACCGACAGAAGUACGAGUUCUGUAUUACUGAGAAUGAUCUGGACGCUGACAAGAGGCUCUCAGACAAUGUAGAAAUUGUGGAACGCUCCUCAAGCCGCCUCAGAUCUAUGGAGGAGAUAAAGAUGGAAGCAGAAGGAGAACUCACUAAAUAUAAGACCCUUCCACCAAUAAAACAGUUAUCUCCCGAUGAAAGGAAAGCACUGGAAUCCAGGAAGAAGAAGAAGGAAAAUGAGUUGUGGGAAAAACCCUCACCCCCAGUCCCCUUCCUCCUACACCUGGGACUGACCGCCAGAACCCAUGACAUCAGGGAGUUCCAGUCCACAUUCCCUGAGGAAUACAGAAACUUCUUCAUUGACAGGUCCAUGAGUGAGAGAGUAAGCAAGAGUGGUGGUAGGAAGCAGGCCCUAGUUGAGAGCACCUCCACAAUUAUACCCUGCAGUACUGGGGAGGCAGAUGUCAUAUCGGGGGUUCUUAGCAAUGUUCUGAGAGGUUUAUUAGAUGACACCUUUUUCCACGAAGCUGUGAAAAAGGUCAUCAAUGAUGACAUUCCAUUGUAUGCUCAAAUUGGUGAGAGACCUGCCACAGCCCCACCGGUAGAGAUGAGGGCAGGGCCCAGUGGGAAGACAAAGUCAACUAAGGAGGAUUCCCCACUGGAGGAUGUCAGUCGUGUGUCCUCUGCCACACUUCCUGUUUCUCCAGAAGCCACGCCCCCUUCAUCAGCUGGCAGUAAAAAGAGUCAGAAGAGUGAAAAGAAGAAGUCAAGAAAGUCCAAAACUCCACCAAAACACACAAUGGAAGAAGUGGAAAAAGUGCAGAAGGAAGGAGCCAGAAUAAAGGAAAAACAAAAUGUCAAAAAGUUACCCGAGUUUGGCAAUGCUGCAGAAUCAAUAAUAGAAAAUACACUGCUGAAUAUUGUAACAGAGGCAUUGUCUGAGGAGUUUAGCAUUACAGCUCGACCCCGAUUUAUCGCAUUACCCAAGAGAACAGCAUCAGCCAAAAGCAGACAGUCAAACCAAAAUAAUACAAAGAAAAACUAAAACAUGUUAUUGAAUUAUUCAGCAAAAACAUAAUGCUGUGUAUUUAAAAAGAGAAAAAAAAGUUUGCACCGCUGAUCUGUGACACUGUUCUGAAACUUGUGUUGCUUUUUUUUUUUUUUUCGAGUGAAAGGGGAAUAACAUUACAUAUAUUGUUUAAUCUAGGGAUUUUAUAUUUAAUAUAUGAACAUGUGAAUAUACUUAGAAAGUUUUGAUGAAAACAAGUUAUGAGAAUUUCUCAAAAAAAUGUGAUAUUUUUAUAAUAACAGUUUGUUGUAAUGUUGUUGAAUUUGUAUUUAUGUCUCUCUGUGACCUCUGCUCCGUCCAUUGGCAAUUUAAUUUUCAAUAAAUGUGAUACCUUU